AUGGCCGCCGUGGCGCUGAGGGCGGGCAGCGCGGGGUGCCGGUCGCUGGCGGAGGUCGUGGAGGGGCUGUUCGUGGUGAUCAGCGCCAACACCCACCGCGGUCACCCCGAGAUUCGGGGAGAGGGGAAGGUGAUGCCGCAGGUGUCCCCCCGGCCGGAAUUCCGCGCGCUGUUUCUCCCUGCUCCGGGAAUCUGGACGAGCAGGUCCGAGCGCCCCCUCGCCCAGGGCCGCUCCGCCCGCGGGGACUGGCGUCCGCCCGGACGCUGGAAGGGGUUCGGGGGGAGGGCAGGCGGAGAGGAGGCAGACCGGAGCCAUGUGGAUGAGGCCAGGAAGGCCAGGUCCACUCCCGCUGUCCUGACGGAAAUCAUCAGGGAGGAGGGAAUCCUGGCGCCCUACAGAGGCUGGUUCCCGGUCAUCUGCAGCCUCUGCUGUUCCAACUUCGUCUAUUUCUACUGCUUCAACAGCCUGAAGGUCGUCUGGGUCAAAGGCCAGCGCUCCACGCCGGGCAGAGACCUGCUCAUGGGCAUUGUGGCAGGUGUGGUGAAUGUGCUGAUGACUACGCCACUCUGGGUGGUCAAUACCAGGCUCAAACUGCAGGGGGCGAAGUUCCACAAUACUGACAUCAGGCCCACACACUACGCUGGUAUACUGGACGCCUUCAGGCAGAUCGUGCGGGCGGAGGGGGUGCUGGCGCUGUGGAACGGGACGCUGCCGUCUCUGCUGCUGGUGCUGAACCCCGCCGUGCAGUUCAUGAUCUACGAGGGGCUGAAGAGACAGCUGAUGAGGGGAGCGCACAGAGAGGUGAGGGCGAAACCGGGAGACUGGCAGAGACUGGCGCGCUGGCACGCUGCCUGACUGGUACACUGACUCGCUGCCUCUCUAGCAC